AAGACCCGACUAAUCUCCUGAGGUUCGACUCACCAGAGACAGACAAACUUGAUUGCUAUAUGUAAGAGUUAGAUAUCCACUGUUUGGCCACGCAAAUAGAGAAAUCUAAAUGGUAGGUUUCAAACCCAAAACAUUUCCGACGUACCACCUGACCACAUCCGCAUGUUAAAUCAUCGUACUCAUGGUCCAGCCUGAUUAUGUAACCAUGUUCAGCUUUGUUAGGCAAACUAAAUCUAGUGUGGAUAUAAUAAACUACUCAUUAACAAGUUGUCUCUUCUUUUCUAAGAAGAAACUACUGACCAUAUAAUAAAAUUUGACAUGCUCAGUGUACUUAAACUGGCCAUAAACAUAAUUACACAAACCAAAUGUUUGUCCAUGUGUUUAGCACCAAAAGCUAUAUAGAAUGUGUCAUGGCCAAUCCUCACAGAUUUAAUGGAGCAUAUAUAUUUUAAAAUAAAUUUUGAUUAAAAAAAUUGCUAUAGUUUGAAUGCCAUGUGACAUGUAUAUUAAGUCUUUAAUUUGAGAAUCAAGAGAAAUGUUUCAUCAGAUUUUGCCUGAAACCGACCAAAUGUGUACACGAAAUAUGCAUUAAAACGAGUAAUGACUUUUUAGGAAAUAAUGUGUGAAUGAUUUAGAGAACAAGAUUCCUAUGACUAGUAAGCCAACUACGAGAAGAAGAAAAAGGCAAUAGAUUCUUCGAAAUACAGUAAUGGAGAACAACACACAAACAAAUGCAAUACAGAAGGAAAUAGAUCCCAUUUUGGUUAGACAUGGUACUAAUUAACUGUGUUUUUUGUCCAAAAUAUGGUACAAAGAUGAUUAAUAAAACCAAGUGCACUCCUAGAUAAUCUUUUGAAUAAAUUAUAGAUCCAUAACGUUUUUAGCACUUAAUCUUUUCUAAGCAUGUGAUAUGUUUUAUCAAAACCUUUUUGAUUAUUCGAAAAAAAAAACAAAUGAGGUGGUGGUGGUUGCGACAGGAUGUCUUUGCGUUUCUUCUGUUUUCUUUUGCUUUAGACUGGAUUUAUUUUAUCGGAAGUAGCAGAUUCUGUUGGGAUUGAUUUUUACAGAUCUACGGCAGACGAAGGUCUUGGUUGAUGUGGCACUCCAGUGGUAGAGUUCCGGCAACUUUCUCAGCUUCCGGAAAAUCUUAUUUUACACUACACUGUGUAACUGUGUUGUUCCGAUUUGGAUCAACGUGUUCUUUGAUUUGACCUUUUUUUUUUUUUUUUGUUGUCUUAUUAUUUUCUAGCUGCAUGUAACGUUUUUUUAGAACAAAAAAUUUAAGUACGACGACUUUAAGAAAAAACCCAACGAGGUAUACUGAAACAACAUGUAGAAACACGACUUUCGAAACUUACCAAUCCUUGUGUGUGAACUAGUGUCACAUAUUCAACAGUGUUGAUAAUUAAUUGAAAAGUAUGAAACAAAAUAAUAUGUUUUCUAUGAUAGUAAAUACAGUACUGGUGACAAAAUGACAAUAUAUUAGAAUUAGACCAUUAUUAUUGGUGAAAACUGUAAUAAAUUUCUGAAAAUAUAUUUUAAAAGCUACAAAUAUUAACUAAUAAAAAACUAGAACUAUUUCGUUCUCACCAUUGGAAAAACAACUUCGUUCUCACCUUUUGACAUUCUUUAAAUUACUUUUUAAUAACUUUAUUUUAAUAAGACUUAUGGAAAUACUUUCUAAUGUGCAUGCCUUUAGGAGUCUGAUUGAUUUCAACAAAUAUAAGAAAAUUUUGAGCAAGAAAAACAGAUGCUCUUACUUCAACAAGUACUACAUCAGUUAAAUAAAAAUUAAUAAUUUUUAUUAUUUUAUAUUGGUUACUAGUAUUCAACAAAGAAUAUAAUAUUUUGCUUUUUUUCUUCAUAAAAUGUGAAGUAGAAAUAUAUACCCUGGACUUUUCUUUAUCUUUCACUAUUUACCCUAUAGAAUCUCUUCAAUGUCUCCACUUUAAAUUAUUUUAAUACUCACCAAUCACACCUUAGCUGUUUUAAUGAUUUGUCUAAAUGAUAAAUAAAGUUUUCAUCUUUCUAUAUAUGAGGACGACUAAAACAAGUGCGAUCAUAACACCAGUUUCUCAGCCAGUGGCUCUACCACUGUACCACGUUUUUACUUUUGAUCAACAGCUCUGUUUGGCUUUAAAUACUAACUUCAAUUCAGACAGCCCACAGAACACCUCUCUCGCGCGUCCAGAUUUUAAUAUAGUUUAAUAGAUUAUUUUUACUAUGAAUAGUUCUUCUAAUAGUAUAAAAGAGGUUCCUUGUUAAUACAUGAGAACGAAACCUCACAGUCUUGAGCAACACAUGUGUUACACAAGCACAUAAAAUCUCUUUGUUUACUUUCUUUCCUUCUUGGGACAGCAUCUUCUGUUUCUUUUCUAUCCAGUUAUAACUCUCACAAGAAACACAAAAAUGAAGGUGACAUUCAAAGUGUGUUUCUGUUGUGCAAGAAGCUUCAAAGUUAAAUCAAGUGAGCCACCUCAAGAAAUCAAAACACUUUUCGACAAUUACUCCGAAAACGGCAGGAUGUCUGAAGAUGAAAUGCUCAGGUUCGUGAUCCAAGUGCAAGGAGAAACACACGCUGAUUCAAACUACGUGAAGGAUAUAUUCAACAUGCUCAAACAUCACGGCGUUUUCCACCCUCGUGGGCUUCAUCUUGAAGAAUUCUACCGUUACCUCCUCAGCGAUUUCAACUCUCCAUUACCUCUUUCCGGCGAGGUUUGGCAAGAUAUGACUCAGCCUUUAUCGCAUUACUUCUUGUACACGGGACAUAACUCUUACUUGACUGGGAAUCAACUCAACAGUAGAAGCAGCACCGAGCCGAUUGUGAAGGCUCUGAGAAGAGGAGUUCGUGUCAUCGAGCUUGAUUUAUGGCCUAACUCUUCAGGUACCGAAGCUGAAGUUCGUCAUGGCGGGACGUUAACAAGUACCGAAGAUCUUCAGAAAUGUCUUAACGCGGUAAAGGAGAACGCAUUUGAGGUGUCUGAGUAUCCUGUUGUACUUACUUUAGAAGACCAUUUGAAUCCAGAUCUUCAGAAGAAAGUCGCUAAGAUGGUGAGUAAGACUUUUGGAGGAACAUUAUUCCGAUGCAGGGACGAACAUAAAAAGUGUUUUCCUUCACCAGAAGCACUCAAGAAUAAGAUAUUGAUGUCAACAAAGCCACCAAAAGAGUAUCUCCAGACCCAUAUCUCUCAAGGAGCAACAACAGCUGAAUCUAUAAAUACAGAAGAACUGAUUCAAGAUGAAGAUGAGAAGACUGUAGCAGUGGAAUACAGAGACUUGAUCUCGAUUCACGCUGGUAACCGCAAAGGAGGACUGAAGAACUGCUUGAAUGGGGAUCCUAACCGAGUCAUACGGUUAAGCAUGAGCGAGCAGUGGCUAGAAACUCUGGCUAAAACUCGUGGACCUGAUAUAGUAAAGUUCACUCAGAGGAAUAUUCUGAGGAUAUUUCCCAAGGCUACACGUUUUGACUCAUCAAAUUAUGAUCCUCUUGUUGGAUGGAUUCAUGGUGCUCAAAUGGUUGCCUUCAAUAUGCAAAGUCAUGGGAAGUUCUUGUGGAUGAUGCAAGGAAUGUUUAAAGCCAAUGGUGGAUGUGGUUAUGUGAAAAAGCCUGAUGUUUUGCUCUCUAAUGGUUCUGUGGGUAAAUUUUUUGACCCUUACAGUCAAGAUCUCCAGAUCAAGACAACUCUUAAGGUGAAAAUUUACAAUGGAGAAGGAUGGAAUUUAGAUUUUUCUCAAGAUCAUUUUGAUCGAUACUCUCCUCCCGAUUUCUACGCAAGGGUCGGAAUCGCAGGAAUACCUUUAGACACAAUAAGUUACAGAACAGAAACAGAUACAGACGAAUGGUUUCCGGUUUGGAAUGAAGAAUUCGAGUUCCCAUUGCGUGUUCCGGAGUUAGCUCUUCUGUGUAUCACAGUCAAAGACCACGACAAGAAUACUCAGAACGAUUUCGCCGGCCAGACAUGUCUUCCGUUGUCGGAGAUCAGGCCCGGAAUUCGUGCCGUCCGACUCCAUGAUCGUCUCGGAGACGUCUUCAAGCACGCGAGACUGCUCGUGCGGUUUGUCUUGGAGCCUCGUGUGUGUCAAAAAAUUAAGUGACGGUAAGCUAGUCGUACGUACUAAGCAAGAGAUGCUAGAAUAAUUGAUUAUGAUGAGCAAAAUUAUUAAAUUUGUGGUUUUAAUUUCAUUAAAUUUCAAACAGCUGAUAAUAAUAUUUGUUUAAAGAGAUGAUGUGGUCCAGUAAUACCAAUUGUUUUCAUUAUGGCAACUCAAACUAAAGCAAAACUGCAUUGUGCCAUUAUGGAAAAUUUAUACCAAAAAGCAAACUUUAUCACGUCGAAUAUGAACAAAAUUGUUUUUAAUUGAUCUCUCACCCAAAUUUAUCACGUCGCCUUUCACUUUGAAUUUGACAAUCACCCAAUUUUAUCACGUAAGCUCUCGUUUUGAAUGGUGUCCAAAAAACUGGAAAAAGAAUGUUAAGGCCGACAUGACAUCAUGGUUUGUACACGUCAUCCCCCAGUUUCACAUAAACCUCAUAAUAUGUGUCCUAAUAUUUGUGGCCUCCCGAAUGUAACAUCCCGAAUGUACACGGCUAAUGGAUCAUCCAUGUCCACUCACUCGAUCCGUAAACCCAAUUUCAUAUGACAGACAGUGCGUUAAUUUUCUAGGUCCGAAAAUUUUGUUUAUUGACCUUGCAAUCACCACAUGACUUUUCUCCGUGUUUUGAUAUCACUCACACGGUAUCGCGAAUCAAUUCUUAAACAUUUUCAUAGGUAUAUUACAUAUUGAUUGAGAUUUGAAAGGUAAAAUCAGUUGGAUAGACACAAUAUAACACUCAGUUGUCGUUUCUUUAUAAACACAUGACGGACACGACACGACACGACUCUGUAACAGAAAUUUUAUAAGAUCAAUUUCAUAACCAAAAAUAAAAAAUAAAGCUCUGAGUCUCUGACCAAAAGAGAGAUGAGUUUUGUUGUACUUCGUCUUGCUGUGUUUCUUCUGUUGACGCUUACAGUUACAUCUUCAUCCCCUAGUUCCGUUUCUGUUCCAGUUAUUGAUAAGAUUGGAAUCGAAAGGAGAUCGUUGAUAGUCAACGUCAAGGAUUAUGAUGGUCCGUCCGCAAACCCAAAACACAAUCCCGGCACUCCUCCGGUUACUACCAGCCAACGCAGCCCCGGCAGAGGGUGACCUACCUCUUUAAUUAACCCACAAGGGAAGAAGAAAUGAAUCUCUCAGUUUUACAUGUUCAGUUUGUCCGAGAUGAAAUGAAAAUUCUCUGUUUCUACACCUUUCUCCAAUAUGUAUAUUGAUAUCAAUAUGUGUCUUAGUCAUUUCCACACAAUUUCUUAUAAAUAAAGUUUCUUGAA